AAAACAAAUUAUUUUGCUGGCAAAAUGUUUGCAUUUUUGCGGAUUUUAUUACUUUCUGUGCAUUUGUUGCAUUUUAAAACGACAUUAGCCGAGGUUGUGCCAUCGAUAAGACCAACAGCAGCAACAACAACAACAACAACAUUAUCGGAUCAAAUUCUACACACAAAGGCUGUUGAGUCCCUAGCCGCGUCCAAUGCCACAUUCGAACGAGACUUUAAUGGCCACGAGGAUGCAUCUUUAUCUGCAGGCUCAGCCAGGCAGCAGCGACAACUUCUAUUUGAUCCGAGCUUGUUUCUACUGCAGGCCAGUCUGGCCAAUGCUGGAAUCUGGGAAGGCUCGAGGUGCUUAACCUCCAGAGCCCAGCCCGGCAGUUGCGUUCGCAUCGACAGCUGCCGAUCGUAUUAUCGCGUGGUGCGGCAAUUAUCGAUCCUAGCAGUGCGCCAGUGGCAACCGCCCAUUGGUUCACUCGGAUUUGGCUCUGAUAUAUGCAACUUUUACGAUCAGCUUGGACGCAUUAACAACGGCAUAUGUUGUCCAAGCAUGGAUACCAAUCCAUUGGGCGGCUAUCCAAUGCCGACGACAACAACAACGACGACGACAACAACGGAGAAGCCCUCCGUGGGUAUCGAUGAGAUUGAAGAGGCUGAUGACGUGGAGGAGCCAGAUCAGCCGCAGGACAAUCUGAAUCCCGAUGAAAAUGACAAAGACCCAAUUGAUACUGUUCAAAAUAGCGUUGAGGAUAUGCCCGACUUUCAGGAUAUCAACCACAUUGAAGCCAAUGCACCCGAGCUGCAGCCAGCGCCAACACCAUCGACCACGCUCCCCACUACCGCCGUGAAUCCCUACCAAUGGCCCUUCGGCAACUUUGCCGGUGGCUUUCCACAGUGGCCGCCGCCAUUGCCCACCCAUCCGCCCAGCGUUGGGGGUUGGCCACCACCGAUACCGACACACCCACCGAACCAUCAGUAUCCAACGCAUCCGACCUCACGACCCAUUGGCACCACAACAAGCUCGGGGCUAACUACUCGGCGUACAACGCCACGCCCACAGGGCAGACCGCCAACGACCACGCGUCGGCCCAGCUAUCCGACGACAGCAACAACAACAACGACCACACGCCGUCCAACGACUGGCUACAGUCCUGAAGGACUGCCGCUGCAGUGCGGCAAGAAGAAUCCCGUGUCGCCCGACCAGGAGCGCAUUGUUGGCGGCAACAACGCGAGUCCGCAUGAGUUCCCCUGGAUGGCCGUGCUCUUCAAGUCCGGCAAACAGUUCUGCGGCGGCAGUCUAAUAACCAACAAUCACAUUCUCACGGCAGCACAUUGUGUGGCAAGAAUGACCUCAUGGGAUGUGGCCGCAUUGACAGCUCAUCUGGGUGACUAUAACAUCCGCACGGACUUUGAGGUGCAACACGUUUCACGUCGCAUCAAACGACUCGUGCGGCACAAGGGUUUCGAAUUUAGCACCCUGCACAAUGAUAUUGCCAUUUUGACGUUGAGCGAGCCCGUGCCCUUCUCUACCGAGAUCCAACCGAUUUGCUUGCCCACCUCGGCAACCCAAAAGGCUCGCUCCUAUAGCGGACAGGUGGCGACGGUCGCCGGCUGGGGCAGCCUGCGCGAGAAUGGACCUCAGCCAUCGAUUCUGCAAAAGGUGGACAUACCAAUCUGGACGAAUUCGGAGUGCGCUCAUAAAUACGGACGUGCUGCGCCCGGCGGCAUCAUCGAAUCUAUGAUCUGUGCUGGUCAGGCGUCCAAGGAUUCGUGCAGCGGCGACUCUGGUGGCCCGAUGAUCGUCAACGAGGGCAACCGAUACACACAGGUGGGCAUCGUCUCGUGGGGCAUUGGCUGCGGCAAGGGCCAAUAUCCAGGUGUCUACACUCGUGUCACCUCGCUGCUGCCAUGGAUUUACAAGAACAUCAAAUGAACUAAGUAUUUUGCAUAGAUUAAGUCGUGAUAUUGAGACAACUUUAAUAAACACUAUGAAGAGCACCCA